GCAUUAUCCGCAUCUCGGACACUUCGUGAGCGAAAAUAUAUUUUAACUGACGGGACUCAACAUUUUCUCACCCCGGGCCCCAUGACUCGUCGUUACGUAACACUGGGAGAUCUCUCGCAUAUUAUACGAUCAAAUCUUGAAGACGAUAGCUGGAACCACACGUUACGGCGAAAGCAUGGAUCUUCGCACAUUGCUGAUGAAAUCAAAUUGAAAGCAAGACGAAACAGUCUAGGCCCAUAAGCUGUACAGCCAUGUAUGUGAGCUGGUUUUUCUUCGUUGUUUCGUUGUCUUUGGCAUCUAGUAGUAUUACAGCAUGCAAAGAAGCUCAGAGCAAGCCAGAUUGGGAUAUUCUAAGGCUGACCCGGCAAUGGCCUCCGACGUUUUGUAUGUCUCAAGUGGAUUUACCUAGCAGAGCAUGUAAUCCAGCAAACGUGACCACGUGGAUAAUCCGCGGACUUUGGCCUAUAAAAGUGACACAGGACCAUCCUAACAACUGCCUUCCGCAACAGAUGUUUGAUUCAGCAAAAAUCAAGGAUAUUGAAAAGGACCUGAAUAGAACCUGGCCAUGUUUACUUACUAAUCUGCCGUAUACUUGGAUUUGGCAACAUGAAUGGUGUAGACAUGGAUCAUGUGCACAAGUCAGCCCUGAACUUCAAGGAGAGGCGAAAUAUUUCAGAAAAGCGAUUGACUUACAUAGUAAAUUUAGUAUCGAUAUGGCUUUAAGAUCAGCAUCCAUCAUACCCGGGAAUGACUAUUAUGUGUCUAAUAUUACUAACGCCAUCUACGACACUUUCAAAGUGUAUCCUGAUGUGAUUUGCACGGCUGUACAGGGCCAUCAAUUCCUUAUCGAAAUUGGGAUUUGUUUCGAGAAGGAUUUUACGUUGAGGAAUAGAUGUCACUCGUCUAACCAAAUGACGUUUCAGAAUAACUUUCAAUGCAGUACAAAAUAUCCCAUUAAUUAUCCAAAAUGAAUGAUGCUUAACCUACCGUGCUCAUCAAGGUUGACUUAAUGGUAGGCCAACAAAAGAGGGGAAGUUUAGGUUUUAAAGGGAGCACAACACUCCUCGUGAUGUUUGAGCUAAAAUAUAUUGUUGACAUAGGAAUGGAUGUUAAUAGUUUUUUGUGAGAGCUACUUCAAUUUCUUAUUAGACUAUGAUUAAUAAACAGAAUUUGGUAUACCAAAUUACAGCCAUUUAAUUAUGGAAUUUACUUCCUAUUUCAGUUCAAAGAAUAUUAUAAUGAAAAUUAAUGUUAAGAUUAAGUAAUAUUUGAUUUGUCUUUUAAUUUCUUGUAUUAAUGAUUCAUUGAUUGUUUCUUAUUCUGUAUUGUAUAUUGAAUAUUUUGGACCACAAUGGAAAUAGGUUUUUGACUUUUUUGGACUUUACCGUGCUUUUAUCCAUGAUUGGUUUUGUGUGUGUGUGUGUGUUCUAAUAAAGAAAUAAAUAAAAAUAAAAUAUAUUACUUAUAUGAUUUUAUAUAUAAGUAUUUCCAGCCACAUACAAUGAAUAAUAACCUGCCCAAAUGUCGGCGUGUGUUGGGAUAACAUGUAACCAAAAUAUACUGUGUUGAGCGACUACUGAAAAAUAAAUUUAUUUCAAUAUAUUAAUUGCUUACUCAGUAUGUAAGAUAUUCUUUCAUGAGAACGAGAACAUUUAUUAAGUUGG